UCAGCCAGCCAUCCUUGCAGUGAUAUGGCGGCAGCCGCCGCCGCAUCAGUGGGUUGCCGAGCCGGCAGGCACUUCCUGUGGCCUUCGUUGGGCCCCCUCUUCACGCGGAGCUCCGUGAAGCAGUUUGUACAUCUUGGAAGAAGCAAAUGCACAGCUACCAAAGAAGUACCCCAGAUUGCCGUCAAUGUUCCUGAGACAAAGGUGUCAUGCCUGGAAAAUGGCUUAAGAGUUGCUUCUGAAGAUUCUGGACUUUCCACAUGCACAGUGGGACUCUGGAUUGACGCUGGAAGCAGGUACGAGAAUGAGAAAAACAACGGAACAGCCCACUUCCUGGAGCACAUGGCUUUUAAAGGAACAAAAAAGAGGUCUCAGUUAGACCUAGAGCUAGAAAUUGAAAACAUGGGAGCUCAUCUGAAUGCUUAUACAUCGAGAGAACAAACUGUUUAUUAUGCAAAGGCUUUUUCAAAGGAUUUGCCAAGAGCUGUGGAGAUACUUGCUGACAUCAUACAGAAUAGCACACUUGGGGAGGCUGAAAUUGAGCGGGAGCGUGGUGUGAUCCUUCGAGAGAUGCAGGAAGUUGAGACCAAUUUGCAGGAAGUAGUCUUUGAUUAUCUUCACGCGACAGCUUAUCAAGACACUGCACUAGGGCGAACUAUUUUAGGACCCACAGAAAAUAUCAAGUCCAUAACGCGUAAUGACUUGGUGGAGUAUAUAACAACACACUACAAAGGACCUAGAAUGGUACUGGCUGCUGCUGGAGGAGUCCCUCAUGAUGAGUUGCUUGAUUUAGCGAAGUAUCAUUUUGGUAACUUACCAUCUAUGGUGAAAGGAGGAGCACCAGCCCUGCCCCCUUGCCAGUUCACGGGCAGUGAAAUUAGAGUGCGGGAUGAUAAGAUGCCUUUGGCACAUAUUGCAAUAGCUGUUGAAGCUGCUGGCUGGUGUCACCCGGACACAAUUCCUCUUAUGGUGGCAAAUACACUGAUAGGCAACUGGGAUCGUUCCUUCGGCGGUGGGGUGAAUCUGUCCAGUAAGCUUGCUCAAGUUGCAUGCCAUGGUAACCUCUGCCAUAGUUUCCAGUCCUUCAACACCUGUUACACAGAUACCGGGCUGUGGGGCGUCUACAUGGUUUGUGAGGCAAAUACCAUAGAGGAUAUGAUGCACUUUGUUCAGAGAGAAUGGGUGAGGCUGUCCACCAGCGUUGCUGACAGUGAAGUAGCCCGUGCUAAGAAUCUUCUGAAAACUAACAUGCUGUUACAACUGGAUGGUUCCACUCCCAUUUGUGAAGACAUUGGACGACAAAUGUUAUGUUACAAUCGUCGAAUCUCAAUUCCCGAACUUGAAGCAAGAAUUGAAGCAAUUGAUGCUCAAACCAUCAGGGAUGUUUGUACAAAAUAUACAUAUGAUAAGUGUCCUGCUAUUGCUGCUGUGGGCCCACUUGAACAGCUCCCAGAUUACAACCGACUCCGUAGUGGCAUGUACUGGCUUCGAGAUUAACAAGACAUUAAUUGUAA